AUGCAGCUCGUUCCGAAGGAGCUUGACAAGCUCACGAUCGCGCAUCUCGGGUUCCUGGCGCAACGUCGUCUGGCGAGGGGUGUUAGACUGAAUCAUGCGGAGGCUGUGGCUUUGAUUUCUAGUGUACUCCACGAGCUCAUCCGCGAUGGCCACUACUCCGUCGCCGAUCUAAUGUCCAUCGGCAAAACGAUGCUCGGCCGUCGUCACGUCCUGCCCUCCGUCGUGGCGACCCUGGUCGAGCUCCAGGUCGAGGGUACGUUCCCGUCCGGUACGUACCUGGUCACGGUGCACCAUCCGAUUAGUAGCGAUGAGGGUGAUCUGGAGCGCGCGCUGUAUGGGAGUUUUUUGCCCGUUCCUUCGCGGGAGGCGUUCCCCGAUCCGGAUCCUGAGGAUUAUGUGCCGGAGAAGAUGCCCGGCGCGGUGAUUCCGGCUAAGCAUGCGCGGAUUGUGUUGAAUGAUGGGCGGAAGAGAAUUCGGUUGAAGGUUAUGAGUAAGGGUGAUCGGCCGAUUCAGGUCGGAUCGCAUUACCACUUCAUCGAGACGAAUCCGCAACUGCACUUCGACCGCUUACAAUCCUACGGCUACCGCCUCGAUAUCGCCGCCGGCACAUCGAUCCGUUUCGAGCCUGGCGAUACCAAGACCGUCACCCUAGUUGAAAUCGCCGGUAACAAGGUUAUCCGCGGAGGCAAUUGGCUUGCCAAUGGGCCUGUGGAUCUGAGUCGGGCCGAUGAGAUUCUUACCAAGCUGCAGGCUGCCGGCUUCGCGCAUGUCCCGGAACCGAUGGCGGAUAGUGCGCUGAUUGCCGGGUUCUCGAUGGAGCGCGAGGCAUAUUCGCGCAUGUUUGGUCCCACGACGGGCGAUUUGGUGCGUCUGGGUUUGACCAAUUUGUGGAUUCAGGUGGAGAAGGAUAUGACUAGCUACGGUGAUGAGUGUGCUUUUGGUGGAGGUAAGACUCUGCGCGAGGGAAUGGGACAGGCUUCUGGACGUUCGGCGGCUGAGUGUGUGGAUACGGUGAUUACCAACGCUUUGAUUAUCGACUAUACGGGUAUCUACAAGGCGGAUAUUGGUAUUAAGAAUGGUUUGAUUGCUGGUAUCGGCAAGGCUGGUAACCCGGAUGUCAUGGACGGAGUUCACCCGGACCUGGUGGUGGGAUCGUCUACAGAUGUGAUUGCCGGCGAGAAUAAGAUCAUCACGGCCGGUGGCUUCGACACGCAUAUUCAUCUAAUUUGCCCGCAGCAAGUGGAUGAAGCGCUGGCAUCUGGUAUCACCACCUUCCUCGGUGGCGGUACCGGACCUAGCACCGGCUCGAACGCAACAACCUGUACCCCAGGACCCAACCACCUCAAGAACAUGAUGCAAGCCUGCGACACCCUCCCGAUCAACAUCGGCAUCACAGGAAAAGGCAACGACUGCGGCGCUAUCAGCAUCGAAGAGCAAAUCAAAGCCGGCGCAGCCGGUCUCAAGCUCCACGAAGACUGGGGCUCCACCCCCGCAGCCAUCGACAACUGUCUAGCCCUCUGCGACGAAUACGACGUGCAAUGCAUGAUCCACACCGACACCCUGAAUGAAUCCGGUUUCGUCGAACAAACCAUCGACGCCUUCAAGGGCCGCACAAUCCACACCUACCACACCGAAGGCGCCGGCGGCGGCCACGCACCAGACAUCAUCUCCGUCGUCGAGCAUCCAAACGUUCUCCCCAGCAGCACAAACCCCACCCGCCCCUUCACCCUCAACACGCUCGACGAACACCUCGACAUGCUAAUGGUCUGCCACCAUUUGUCAAAGAACAUCCCCGAAGACGUCGCCUUCGCAGAGAGCCGCAUCCGCGCUGAAACUAUCGCCGCUGAAGACGUCCUGCACGAUAUCGGCGCUAUCAGUAUGAUGUCCUCGGAUUCGCAGGCCAUGGGUCGCUGCGGCGAAGUCAUCCUGCGUACUUGGCACACUGCGCACAAGAAUAAGGCGCAGCGCGGAAAGCUGGAGCAGGACCAGGGAACGGAUAAUGAUAAUUUCCGGGUGAAAAGGUAUAUUAGCAAGUAUACCAUUAAUCCGGCGCUGGCGCAGGGUAUGGCUCACCUUAUUGGGAGUGUGGAGGUGGGUAAGGUUGCGGAUUUGGUCGUGUGGAAGCCUAGUACUUUUGGUACGAAGCCGGUGCAAGUGUUGAAGAGUGGAAUGAUUGUGGUUGCGGAGAUGGGUGAUCCAAAUGCUUCAAUCCCAACGAUCGAACCUAUGAUUGUCCGCCCUAUGUUCGGUGCCCGCUUGCCGAGUCUAUCAAUCAUGUUCGUUUCGCAAGCUUCUAUCGACAAUGGAGUCGUGCAGAGCUAUGGUCUGCGUAAGCGUAUCGAGGCUGUUAAAGGAUGUCGUACUGUUGGCAAGAAGGAUAUGAAGUUUAACGACGCGAUGCCGAAGAUGAAGGUUGACCCGGAGAGCUACACUGUCGAGGCUGAUGGUAUGCUGUGUGACGCAGAGCCUGCAACCGAGUUACCGCUGACGCAGGCUUACUAUAUCUUCUAA